ACAGCUAGCCAUGCGGCAUUGGGAGGCCUUUUUCCCUCGUCCUUGCCCUACCCAAACCCUCCAGGUAGAAGAAACCCCAUGAAAUCUUUUCCGCCGUAUCGGAAAGAGCAAGAGAAAUGGGCGCAGCAGUUGGCGAAAAAGGUGGAGAAGUUCGAGUGGGAAGCCUAGUGUGGGCCUGCAUAGGCAAUGGGGUUUGGUGGCCGGGAAGGGUGUUGGGUCCCGGCGACAUGACGUCAUUUCCCGACCACCGGUUUCAAAUCCAGCUCCUCGGCCAAGAUACUGUCACCAUGGACUGCUACAGUCUGGAGAGUUCGAGGCGCGUAAAAGCCUUUCGUUGCGGUGAAUUUGAUGAUUGCAUUAGAAAGGCAAAAUUGUCCGAAGAAUUUGCUUCAACCGAAUGUCUGAAGUACGUGCAUCUUAAAAAUGCUAUUCUUCUUGCUCUUGAUCUUGAGAGGCAGUUGGUGCAAAACAAACAACUUAAAAGGCCAGGGAGUGAGAUGCAGGUAGAAACUUGUUCUAGGGAAAAGAUAAGAAAGCACGGCUACUUCACUGUUGAAUCGGAAGAUUGUUUGAACCAAUCUGUUGAGUCUCGUUCCUUAAGGGAAUCGCAAAAACGUUUGCAAGAUACCACCGCAAAUACCUCUGAACCAAUGGAAUCAGAUUUAUCUGAGAGCGUUAAUGAUGUGAGAAUGGGAAAGCCUUCAGGUACCCUUGUGAGCCGACAUGAAAACAUUAAUGAAACGAGUGAAGGUGUAACCAGUUACUCCUCAGAGUCCUCUACUGUUCAGAAGACAGCUGCUCCUGCUAUACUUCAAAAACCCAAACAUCAAAGAAAACGGAGUGUCCAAGAGCUUUGUCAGGGAGCUGCGGGGCUAUAUGAUGAUACGAAUUGUGUCUUUGACUACAAGGGAGUUAAAGCAAUGUCUGCCUGUGCUUCAGUGUUUCCCAGCAAUGACAAGAAAACUCUGUUCGAUGCGCACAUUAAAUUUCUACCAAGCUGCCGGGGAGUGGAUGUUCCCCUUGUCUGCAUGAUGAGCAGAGUAAAUGGGAAGGCGAUCAUAGGGCACCCAGUUAACAUAGAGGUUCUUAAAGGCACUAGAGCUACAACGGGCAAGAAAUCGUAUCACCUGGUUUGGAAGACUUGUAAAAGGACUCCUGUCAUGUAUUCACCUCCAUUGCCUUCCACUCGUGAGAUCAGGAAAAUGACUCAAGCUUGUGACUCAAGUUCUGGAGGCUUGACUUGCUCGGCUCCAAAUGGUGAUUUCUCAGGAACAGAGGGAGUUCCUCUGAAUUCCAGCAAAAAGCAACCACGUUCAAGAAAAGUCUACCAUGGUAUCAUAUAUAACCCGCACACCACAAUACAGAAAGCCCUGAAAGAUGGGACUUCCAUGGGAGUUGCUUGUGUCCCGGUGAGACAUGUUAUGAGAAAGCUACUAGCAGCUCUUUGCAAGGAAUUGCAAAACUACUAAUGCUUUCAAGAGGGAUCAAACUGGUCUAGCUUUUUUUUGUGUUUAGUAAUUAUAAAUAGUCUAUCCACUAUAGAUAGGAUUGAGUUGGAUCUUAAAAAACUGGCAAGCAGCCACGUUUCUAAUGAGUAGUUUUUGUGCUAUUACCGCUGGUUAACGCACUACUGUGAUUCUG